AUGGAUACGAAAUACUUCGCUUUGAGCAAUGAUCGUGAUCGAGCAUACGGUAGCUUACAAUAUGGUAGCUGGAAUAGUGGCCGAAGAGUAGCAGCAGCGGCGAUGGGACGAGAGAGUUUGGGAACAAGCGAGGCGCAGAAAACGAUGAUUCUACGAUUCCUUGCCGAAUUCACUGAACUCUUCGAUAUCGCUCCGGACAAAACACGGGUGUCAGUUGUCCAGUACUCGGAUCAAAUACGGCACGAGUUCGGUCUGGAUGACUACAAAGACAGUCGCUCACUUCAUGAGGCGAUUAAGAAUAUUGAGUAA